AUGCUUGAAAGACGAGAAGCAAGCCAAACUGACAGGUUUCAGUUACUUCUCAUGGAUCAUCUUAAUAACCUUCCAAAUUCCAGUUCUUAUACUUUUGGACCACAGCCUCAACCCCAAACUCUGCAAAUAAAUAAUUCUGAAGCUGAUGGACCUAGGUCUAACUAUCGAUUACGCAGUUUAGAUGAUUGUGUUCCCCGUUUGAUGCUUGUACUGAUUAUGUUAUUUCUCAUAUUAAGCUUUGUCUGCGCCAUCGCAUGGCUUGUCAUUGAUCCGCAGGAUCCCAGUUUUGGGCUCCACUCCUUGUCCAUAUCCAACAUCACGCUGUCUGAUUCACGAUUUGCUGCAUAUUAUGAGAUGGAAUUUGAUGUGAAUAACACAAACGACAAGGCAAACCUUGCCAUUGACCAGGUCAACGUUGCUGUUCUUUACGGAAAAGCCAUUGUCUCAGAGAAAGAUUUGGAAGAAAUUAUGAUUUUUGUUCCGAAGAUGAGUCAGAGGAAGAUGAAGGUUGUGUUGGACAUGGAGUCGGUUCGGCCGGUUGGAGAUGUGUUCAAGGAUCUAAGUGAUGAUUGGAGCAAAAAGAUUGUGAAUUUCAAUGUGGAAAUGCCAGUGAGAAGUACAUACCAAGUAGGAGCAUGGCCUAGCAAGAAGAGAUUCUUCAAGGUUCGGUGCAGGGAGUUAGUUGUUGAAUUCUUAUCUAGCAAAGGAACAGGAAAGGUCAUGAAUGCAAGAAAAAGCUGCUCACUUCAACAUUCUUAG